AAAGCGGUUGCUUAGCGACGGAACCCAAACUUUUCUCAGGACGGUGAGGAAACUUUACUCAGCUCAAGUGCGUUUAUUAAUAGGAUAUAUAACAUGUUGCAGAAGGACGUUUACUAUUUUUGCUCUUUCUGCUAACUUAGAAGGAUUUUAGGUGUAAAUAAACAAACCAUUUUAAUCGAAGAAGGAGUUUCUUUUGUUUUUUGGUCAUAACGGGAUGAGUUCUGGACGGAAGUCUGAGGGGGCGGGGUGUAUCACCUGGUGGGGGUUCAGUCCUGCACUGGACCUGCUCAGUUUGGGUCCUGUUGGAUCUGAGGAUGAAAUCAAAGUUCUACUGGUUGGCAGUGGAGAUCCAAGACAUAUCUUAAAGACUAUCGCCGGUUUGCAGGAUAAACGUCUCCAUGUAUAUGUGACAGAAACCUGCAUGGAGUUGGUGGCUCGGCAGAUGCUGCUGCUCUACAUAGCUCUGAUUCCUCAAGAAAUCAUGGGAACCACUGAGAAAACAGAAGUUUUCCUUGAAGUGUUUGGGAACUGUGAAAUCCGAAGUCAGACGGAGGAAAUUGUGCGACAAGCGGCAUCACAGCUCCAUCUGUUUGUUACCGAGACAAUAGAGACGAGCACACACGACUGCUUCAACACAACGCAGCUAAAGUUUAAGGAAAGAGAUGAAUUAGCCAAGAUAUUUAAGUCAUGGACCUCGUCAUCCUCAUCUCAGCAUCCAGCUCCAGUCUCCAUGUCCAAAGCCUGGGAUUACCGAGUGCGGCAGCAUCUGGGCUCACGCUACGACUCCCGGGAAGGCUGUUUCGACUGGGACCUUCACAUGAAGCUUCACAAGAAAGGGUGUGGCGUGAUAAACAAACGGCAGUAUGAGCGAUGGAGGGGGCAGGGAUUGGCGUUUGAAAUGAGGGAAGGCAUCUAUCAAAUUCCCAACCCCACUUUGCUCUCAUCGAGAGUGUUCAGUCGAGCGGGAGACUCGGUGGCGUACAGAGGAUACUGGGGAGACAUCGUUUCCAGCCCCUACCUCUCAUUUGGGAUUGAAACUGAUGACAUGAGCAUGAUGAAGACACAAAAUGGGAAACACAUCAAGACGGCGCAGGACAUUUCUUUUGCAAACGUGCAGGGAUUGUUCCAGACUUUGUCCAGGAGACGGAGAAAUCUUUCUACUUCUAAACCUGAAAAGGAAACAGAGAAGUCAUCCAUGCAGAUUGACCUGAAAUCUUUGAUGAUUAAAGAUUUGAUGCACCUGAAUGGAGUCUCCUUGACAUUCCUUCCCUUGGAAUCAGUUCACAAACUCCCAGACAAGCAGAAAUACUCCCAUUUCUUUAAUUUCAUUUACUUUUCUGUAAGCUGCCUGCACCAGUUAGGCCCCAUGUUGGGACAGAUUGCAGCACCAGACGCUGUACUCGUCAUGGAGUUGGCCAAGUACAUUUUGGAUCUAAACAAAGAGCAGGAAGCAGGUUUUGCAAAGAAAGCAGCAAGCCUGGCUCUCCAGGCCGGGUUUGAAGCAAGGCAUGAUGGGAGCAGUAAUGAUGUCCAUGCAAUCUUUGUGGAACAGAAAAAGUGAAAGUGUUUUGAUUUGUUAUAAGUAUUUGAAAGGAAUUCGUUUACAAGAUACAACAAGUUAAAAUGACGUUUGAUUGUCAUAAAACACAAAAACGAUAAACUCAAACGUCAUUUAUAUUUCUUUAUUUCAUUCAGGCCUGUAUUUUAACAGCUACAAAUGCAAAUCAAAUAAAUAUGUUCCUGUAAAUUUUGCUUUA